AGUGUGUGCGUCCGGUGUGAAGCUUGCUCCUUUGUGUGCUUUUGUCUGCUUGCGGUACGGCGUGCGCCUCGGGUGAAACAUUCGCAAGGAGCACACAAAUAUAAACUGUUUUGUUUCGGGAAGGUGAAACAUAUUUUUGAUUCUAAAACGAAGGGCUGGCUUUAGAUUGGCGAAAUAAUGUCCGUGAGCAUCGAAUCUGGAUUUUCCAGUGAAGAGGUUCUUAAUAUUCGCUUCCCACUUCACCGGGCGUGCAGGGAUGGAGACAUCGGCGCCUUGUGUUCGCUCCUCCAGUGCAUCACAAACCAGGCAGACCUCGCCGCAGAAGAUUCCUUCUACGGAUGGACACCUAUUCACUGGGCAGCGCAUUUCGGAAAGCUGGAGUGCAUGGUUCGCCUGGUGCAGGUGGGCUGUGGCGUGAAUGCCGUGACGUCCAAGUUCGCCCAGACGCCCACGCACAUCGCUGCUUUUGGAGGCCACCCCGAGUGCCUGCUCUGGCUGCUGGCUGCCGGGGCUGACAUCAACAGGCAGGACUAUGUGGGUGAGACGCCCAUUCACAAGGCAGCCCGGGCAGGCAGCAUGGACUGCGUUAGAGCUCUGCUGUUACAGGGAGCCAAAGCUGACCUGAGAAACGCUAGUGGGCUGACCGCUGCGGACCUGGCCCACGCCCAGGGUUUCCAGGAUUGUGCCCAGCUCCUCUCUAACGCCCAGAACCAGCUCAACCAGCUCAAUGGCUUCUGCCCCCAUGGGGCUGUGAACGGGGCCGGCACACAUGCCCCGGUGCACAGCCUCUUCAAUGGCGCGCCCAGUAGAAAGAGGUCCCUCGAUUGCAUGGAGUCCAACCACAUCAAGAAGGCCAGAACUGAUGGCUUGGACUCGCCCUUUAACAUUUUCGGCGGCACAGAGGGAGAGCUGGAGAGCAUGCACAUGGAACCAGCCCCGGCGACGUCCGGUUCAGGAGACCCUAUAGCCACAGGUCUGACCAACGGCCAUGCGCCAGCGACGAUUUUGCCAGCAAGCGGAUUUUUCGCCAACGGUGGCAGUCGCCCGCCGCACAUCAACGGAAGCCUGGCUGCCCUGGCCAACGGGUACCCGGUCCAGUGGGGAGCGACGGCACCCGAGUCCGCCCUGAAUGGGCUCCCCUGCCCGGGCUUGCAGACGGAAGAGGGCGGUGGAAGUCAGAGCUCGGACAUGUGCGGCUCCCUGCACCUGGACGGCAGCCCCAGCAGCUGCGUGGCCCACAGGCCCUCCUGGGCAGCCAGCUCUGCCGAAACCCUGCAGUACGGACACUACCACGGGUUCGGCGACACGGCGGAGACCAUCGACGAGGCCAGCAGCCAGAUGGAGCACUCCACGUCCGUGAAGGUGGAGGAGCGGUACGACCACGCGGUCUUCAGCACCAUGCAGCUGUAUCACGGGUCUUAAGGAGGCGUCCGUUUGUCCAUCUGUCUGUCCAUCCGUCCAUCCAUCCCGCCCUUCAUUACACUAACAGCCAGCGUGGCCUGACCGAGGAAUAGCAUAGCUUCUUUUCCAUGGUGUCUUUGUAUUGAUUCGUGUGACACUGCACACACAGAGACAAACCUUGGCAAGCCAGCCUUGCUCUUAAAGGGAAGAGUUUAAGCCUUUUGCUUUUUUUAUUCCUUCCUGUAGCCGUAAUAGUAGUAUAAUCUGAACUUUGUUUUGUGGUUGAAAGAUUUGUUGAACCAAUUCUGACAUGUUUGUUCAGUGCUCUAAAAUGCUAUUUUCAUUUUCAAAAUUCAUGGAAUUGAUUUAAAUGCAUUCAGAUAUUAUGACUUCCUGGUUCAGGAGUAAUUGGUUCAUGUCUGAUUUUAUUUUAUUUUAUUUUUUUGAAAGCAAUGACCUGUAUUUUUCGUGGAAUAAUAAUAGUAUGCUUAUGUGCCAAAUUGACUCCAUUAACAUGGCACCAGCUUUGUGAUUGGGAGAUCAUGGGGGUGAAUAUUUUUCAGAAUUUGUUUUUCUUUGAGCGUUUUCUGAGUGUCGCAGAUGCUAAGGCUUUGAAACAGUAUUUUUGUUGUGAAGAGGAUUGGUUAAUUGAAUGGCUGUCAUUACAUUCCCUUUUGGUAUUGUUUCUGAAUUCUGAAGAUAAUAAAGAAAGUGACCACAGACA